GUAUUUGCUUCCUACCCACAUACAAUGAAUAAAGACAACAUACUCCACACCGACACAAACAUGAAAAUCACCUUGUUCUCUGAAAUGAGUGUUGGGAUCUCAGCUAACAGUGUCCUUUUCUUUGCCCAAAUCUUCAUCCUUCUUGGUGGGAACAGGUCUAAGGCUAUUGAUCUCUACAUUGCUUUCUUGUCUCUAAUCCACCUAAUGCUGCUUAUAACUAUGGGACUCAUUGCUGUGGACAUGUUUGUGUCUCAGGGGAUAUGGGAUUCUACCAUAUGCCAGUCCCUUAUCUAUGUGCACAGGCUUCUGAGGGGCCUCAGCCUUUGUGCUACCUGUCUGAUGAAUGUCCUUUGGACCAUCGCCCUUAGCCCUAGAAACUCUUGUUUAACAAAGUUUAAACAUAAAUCUCCCCAUCACAUCUCAGGUGCCUUUCUUUUCCUCUGUGUUCUCUAUAUGUCUUUCAGCAGUCACCUCUUCAUAUCGAUUAUUGCUACCCCUAACUUGACCUCGGAGAAUUUUCUGUAUGUUACUCAGUCUUGCUCACUUCUACCUCUGAGUUACUCUAGAACAAGCAUGUUUUCAACACCGAUGGCCAUCAGGGAAGUCUUUCUUAUGAGUCUCAUGGCCCUGUCCAGUGGGUACAUGGUGGCUCUCCUAUGGAGGCACAGAAAGCAGGCCCAGCAUCUUCACAGCACCAGUCGUUCUUUAAAAGCAUCUCCAGAGCAAAGGGCCGCCAGGACCAUCAUGCUGCUCAUGACCUUCUUUGUGGUUCUCUACAUUUUGCAACAUCUUGUCUUCCACUUACGAAUGAUGUUCAAGGAUGGCUCAAUAUUCUACUGUGUCCAUAUUAUUGCAUGCCAUAGCUAUUCCACAGUCAGCCCUUUUGUUUUUAUUUGCUCUGACAAGCGUAUAAUUAAGUUUUUGAGAUCAGUGUGUGGCAGAAUAGUAAAUAUUUGA